GUCCGGUGUUUGAUAAAAUGCUUCAAAGAAAAUAGUACUAUUUCAUUACUCCCAUCAAGAUAGGAACAUAUGACACACACAUAGUCAUCACGUACAUUGAGAAAUAUAGAAGAGAAGGCUCAAUCACUAGUCCUUAUUAUCACACACAGACACAUCACACAAACACUAGACGUAGAUGGACUUUGAGCAACACGCGACAGAGAAAUGCGGGCCAUCACGGGAUGGUAGAAGUGAAAUCCCAGGUGUUGACGUCGUGAACUGCGACGUAAACACCGGUGGAGGAGGCGAGCCCGACUUGAACGCUGGAGGGGAGAAUCUGGCUCAAGUCGUAGGUGAAAGUGACCGGGAAAGUCUGCGAUCCGUCAGUGACAGAGGCGCUGAUUGCUUUGGUGGAGGCGACGUAGGAGACUUUAAGAGUGAGCUCCUUCCCAACAAAGCUGAUGGGGACCUGCGCCUUAGCCGAGGGUUUCCUGGACUCGAUGUCGAUUCCAAGGUUAACAUAGUUCGGGUUGUCAGAGUAGGUGUCGAAGGCAAUGGCGAACACGUGCGAUGUUUUGGAGGCGGAAGGUUCAAAGAGGCCGAGGUUGCCGCCAAUUUGGGAGGGGAAGUUGUGGCCAGCGGGACUAUGAAGAAGGCGAGGCCGUCAGCCUGUGGGGCAGUGUUAUUGGGCCUGAUGAUGAAUUGGAUGGUGGUGGUGAAGUCGGCUGCGUGCCCGAAAGGGACGGUUUUGGAGUAGAGGACUCGCCCGGUGCUCCACUGCUGAGGACGUCC